AUGACUGUUCUUCACAGACGGACGCACGACAGUUUGUCUCAAGUAGAGAAGAAAUAUCUACAUAUCUGCUGGAGGUGGAAGCUGCAAAGUAUCGGGUAAUAAUGCCAAUUCAUAUAGCUAGAUAGCCAUUGCAAAAGGCUGACAAGAAAGAACAUAAUGUGAAUGAUGCUACCUUCAUACAUAAAGCUUUACUUGUCUGCUGUGAGGUCUCUGACUUCUUUGGAUAGAUAUUCCUUGGAUAUCCUGAAACAAAUGUAAUGAAAUGACACUAAAUCAGGAAACUGUAAAAAAGAAAGUGUUACCAUUACAUUUACAUUUAAGUCAUUUAGCAGGCGCUCUUAUCCAGAGCGACUUACAGGAGCAAUUAGGGUUAAGUGCCUUGCUCAAGGCAUACAUUAUAUGGACUAAUUAGUUAGUCAAAUCAGAUGUAUUAAAUAAAACAUAAGACAGGCUGGUGAAAUUAAAUUACUUGUUACUGUUUUUGAAUUUGUCAAAUUCACAGACAUCUCUUCUCUUCUGUUUUGAAGGACAUUUGCAGCCAGUAUAAGUACAUGCGAAAAAUCAGGGGAGAUGGCAAUUGCUUUUACAGAGCCCUAUGCUUUGGACAUCUGGAAUCAUUGUUACAAAAUGACAGAGCUUUGCAAAGGUAAAUUCCUUCCUAUGCAUAGCCUUCGCCAUGUGCAUUCGUAGAAUGUUUUGGAUUCCAAAAUGUGCCUUUGCCUGUGUGUGGCUUUUCCACUUCCAAAUAAUGGAGGAAUAUGUAUCAUUUCUCUAUUUCUCAGAUUCAAAGAAACAGUGAUACAAAGUGGCAGAGAGUUAUUGGCUGCAGGCUUUGAUGAGAGCUCUUUCAAAGACUUGCUCGACAUGGUACAUUUACAUUUAUCUACCUUGGUACUAUUUUCUAAAAUCAAAUAUUGCAUUUUCACAAUAAUAACCAUCAGACUCAUGUAAUUGAAGCCUGUUGAUUAAUUACAAGGGUUAGUUAUCGAACAGUUCAUCUUUUAGUUUUUAGGUGUUCUGGAACAAUGUGAAGCUGAUGAGCAUGGUGACACAUUGCUCCAGCUCUUUAAUGAGCAAACUACCUCUGACAGUAUGGUGCAAUACCUCAGGCUGCUCACCUCAGCCUACCUGCAAAACCAUGCCGACUUCUUCAGCCACUUUGUGGAGGCACCCAGUCUCAAGGUUUACUGCACUCAGGUCAGUAUGAGUUGCGCUCAAUACCAUAUUGAUGUCAUCUCCUGUUUAAUAUGCUAUGUAAGUGUGCCUGGUGCUGCUGAUUUUCUCUGUAGACAAUCAGACCUAGUCUCAAGGAGUUUCUCGCCACUCAAAACUAGUGUCUGAAAGUGUUUUGCUGCUCUCUAGUGGUGGUGCAAUACAUUGAAAGGAAAUGGGGUGUAUAGGGACCACUCAUUGACAUCACAAUUUUUGGUAACUGAUCAACCAAUCUACAUUUGUACUGACCACACAGCAUUCUGUUUCUGCAUGGGUAGAUACUUACAUAAUGUCCAUUCUUGACUUAUCCAGGAAGUGGAAACCAUGGCAAUGGAGUGUGACCACGUAGAUAUCCUGGCUCUGUCGGAGGCCUUAGGAGUUAGCAUCCACAUUGCUUCCGUGGAGGGGGGAGACGGACAGCGUCUGGCCCACCACACCAUUCCAGAGGGAACCGAGCCCUCCCUACACCUCCUCUACAAAACAGCCCACUAUGACAUUCUCUACCCACAUCAUUGCCAUUGAGGGGCCUGAUAAAGGACUCCACUUAUCUCAGGUUUACAGGUAGUUUAGUGUUAAAAUACAUUAUUAAGAAGAGUUUCUCAAACAAAACUGUUUUUAGCAUUGUUUUGUAAUAUAAAGUGCAUUCGGAAAGUAUUCAGA